CCCUGUCCUGCUCUCUCUCGGCGGACUGUCCUCGUUUGUUUUUGUUGUGCGAGAGAAGGAGAAGCAUCAAGCCUACAGAUUAAACAUUUGUAGGGUAUUUAUAAAUUAUUUCCUCAAGUUAAUUAUAUGAUGUUGCAUUAGAUCAGGUAUCUAUAACCGUAUUAUUUAAUUAGCGUGAUCCCAUCGUUUCGUGCAGAGACUCACUCAGAUCUAUGAGAGGGAAGUGAAUGAAAUGUCAAGCCAGUCGACCAGUUAGCUUCCAAUUACAUGCGAGUUAACUCACAACACUUUGCCAGCUACAGCCUAACGUUACAUCAAUAGAUUACGGGACAGGCCACUUCUCUGGGCAACUGUUUUACGUUAUCCCUUUUCUGCAAAAUCGUGGGGGGAUUAUUUAAUCUAAAUCAUGAGUGAAGAGGAGAGUUCCACCUCAACGGGUAACAACAAGGACUCGAGCAUUUCGCUCCUACUAACCAAGGACGGACAGACGUACUACGUUGACAAAAGCGGUGUUGUCGACUGCAGAAAUGUAGUCACGCCGCAAGAAUCGGACAAUAACAUGUUCUCGUACGACAUGGAUGAUGCCGACGAGGAGAGCGAUGUUUUAGACACCUCGGACCCCCGUGACAGCGCGGCGAGUCCCGAAGAGCUCAACGAGGAAGACGGAUUCGGGGAGAACGAGAACGUGUCGAAAACGUGCACGUACGACGGUUGUACGGAGACCACGACCCAGGUAGCCAAGCAGCGGAAACCCUGGAUGUGUAAGAAGCACCGUAACAAGAUGUACAAAGACAAGUACAAGAAGAAGAAGAGUGACCAGGCUAUGUCCAGCGGGAAACAAGAUGAGAGCUUGGAGGAGAGGCCUGUGUCUGUAAACAAGCAGCGUCUUGGCACCGUGGGGGACCGUCCGGCCAGACCCUCCCUCAUCGAACAGGUGCUCAACCAGAAGAGACUGUCUCUGCUGAGGAGUCCUGAGGUCAUCAGGUUUCUACAGCAGCAGCAGCGUCUCCUGACCACCCAAAGUCACAGCCAAUCGCAGCCUGACUUCCAGGGCUGCUAACGGGACAACAGGGGAGGGGCCAGCCACUCUCUGUGUGUCCACCUCCAGACACGGGUUCUAGAAUGUAGAAUGUUCUGGAAUUAUGCUAAGUCAUUCUGGAACUAUUCCAUCUAUCACGGUGGCAGGAGGACACAGUUGUUAGUACCUAUCUAACUCAUAGGGGUUAACUAACCCCUAACCUUAACACAACCCUGACAUUACCCUAACUAUCUUAUGACCCAUUCACUUGAUAUAUACGUAAACUGUCAGGUGCACCGCUCGGACUGGUGCAGGACUCGGCCAAAAACCUCGGAGCAGCCGUUCUCACAUGGUUUUCCCUCCCUGCUUUCUUACGCGAUGAAUCAUGUAGGCCUCUACCCCCAAAAAACAUACAGAAACUGAAAUCCUAAUGUACUGCCCAUCCGGUGAGGUGAUACAGCAUGGCCAUCUAGUGACUCCCAGCGAAAAGAUAUUCAGGCUCGUUUACCGGAGUAGUAAAGACAGAAUGGAGACUGUAUUCCUAUCAACAUCAACUGUGCUUCCAAUCAAUCCAUUCAUCAAUCGAUCCAUUCAUCAAUCAAUCCAUUCAUCAAUCAAUCAAUCUGUUAAAUAGAAUUCCUGAAGUUGGUAAACAAACCGCAUGCUUUAUAAAUGUCACUGUCAGCUAGAAAAAGAAAAGGGAACUCACUUGUUUUAAUGUUGUUUUUUAAAAUGUUGUUUUGUCUGCUGUGUUAAUUAAACUGAUGUUUUGGCCCAAUUUUUAGAUUUGAUUUUGAAAACAAGACUGUAGUACACAGAUAGUAGAUGUGACAAAGAAUAUCAUUUUAUACCAAAACUCCUGUUUAAUAAUUAGGCAGCAUUGUGUUGUUGUUGUUGUUAGAUGACAGAUGUAUCAAGUCUGAAUUCACUGUGUCGGAUCGCUAUCAGUUUUUCUGUGAUUACAUGUGACAAUGACAAUCAUGCUUCAGUGUGUGUGUGUGUGUGUG